AUGAAGAUAUCAACAGUGUUAAUAGUGACACUGCUAACUGUAGUAUUGUUUGAUAUUACAGAAGUUGAUGCCGCAGUUAAAAGAAAAAGAAAACGUGUUAAAACUAGACGGCCUUUGUAUACUAGAAAAACUUCUACAAGAACAACUCCGUAUUCAAGUUCUUCACUAGAAUCUUCAUCAGAAAUAUCAUUUUCACAAUCUUCAACUGAAGAGUCUGAAUCCUUGUCAAAAACAAGUACUCAAAGUUCGUCAUUAUCAAUUAGUACUUCAGAGCAAUCAAGCAUUUCCAGCACAAGCGAACCUAACUCAUCCAGCGAAUUUACAACUGCACCUUCAGGAUCUUAUAGCUCAAGCUCUUUAGUACCUUCAGGAUCUUAUAGCUCCACGGAAUCAAGCUCGUCAAGUGAAAUCGCAUCCAGCUCAUCAAUUGAUUAUUCCUCAAGCUCUUCAGCACCAUCAGGCUCGAUUAGUUCUAGCACGACUGCUCAAUCAGCAUCUUUUAGCUUAAGCUCUUCAUCACCAUCAGGCUCGUUCAGUUCUAGCUCGACUGCUCCAUCAGCAUAUUCUAGAUCAAGCUCUUCAGCACCAUCAGGCUCGUUCAGUUCUAGCACGACUGCUCCAUCAGGAUCUUCUAGCUCAAGCUCAACUGUUUCAUCAGGGUUUUACAGUUCAAGCUCUUUAGUUCCAUCAGGAUCUUCUAGCUCAAGUAUAACUGUUCCAUCAGGAUCUUCUAGCUCAAGUUCAACUGUUCCAUCAGGAUCUUCCAGUUCAAACUCUUCAGUUCCGUCAGGAUCUUCUAGCUCAAGUUCAACUGUUCCAUCAGGAUCUUACAGUUCAAGCUCUUUAGUUCCAUCAGGAUCUUCUAGCUCAAGUUCAACUGUUUCAUCAGGAUCUUAUAGUUCAAGCUAUUCAGUUCCAUCAGGAUCUUCUAGCUCAAGUUCAACUUUUCCAUCAGGAUCUUAUAGUUCAAGCUCCUUAGUACCUUCAGGAUCUUAUAGCUCAACGGAAUCAAGCUCGUCAAGCGAAAUCGCAUCCAGCUCAUCAAUUGAUUAUUCCUCAAGCUCUUCAGCACCAUCAGGCUCGUUUAGUUCUAGCUCUACUGCUCCAUCAGCAUCUUCUAGCUCAAGCUCUUCAGCACCAUCAGGCUCGUUCAGUUCUAGCUCGACUGCUCCAUCAGGAUCUUCUAGCUCAAGUUCAACUGUUCCAUCAGGAUCUUUUAGCUCAAGUUCAACUGUUCCAUCAGGAUCUUCUAGCUCUAGUUCAACUGUUCCAUUAGGAUCUUCUAGCUCAAGUUCAACUGUUCCAUCAGGAUCUCACAGUUCAAGCUCUUUAGUUCCAUCAGGAUCUUCUAGCUCAAGUUCAACUGCUUCAUUAGGAUCUUAUAGUUCAAGCUCCUCAGUACCUUCAGGAUCAUAUAGCUCAACGGAAUCAAGCUCGUCAAGCGAAAUCGCAUCCAGCUCAUCUACUGAUUAUUCCUCAAGCUCUUCAGCACCAUCAAGCUCGUUCAGUUCUAGCUCGACUACUCCAUCAGGAUCUUCUAGCUCAAGUUCAACUGCUUCAUCAGGAUCUUAUAGUUCAAGCUCCUUAGUACCUUCAGGAUCAUAUAGCUCAACGGAAUCAAGCUCGUCAAGCGAAAUCGCAUCCAGCUCAUCUACUGAUUAUUCCUCAAGCUCUUUAGCACCAUCAAGCUCGUUCAGUUCUAGCUCGACUGCUUCAUCAGGAUCUUCUAGCUCAAGUUCAACAGUUCCAUCAGGAUCUUCUAGCUCAAGUUCAACUGUUCCAUCAGGAUCUUCUAGCUCAAGUUCAACUGUUCCAUCAGGAUCUUCUAGCUCAAGUUCAACUGUUCCAUCAGGAUCUUACAGUUCAAGCUCUUUAGUUCCAUCAGGAUCUUCUAGCUCAAGUUCAACUGUUUCAUCAGGAGCUUAUAGUUCAAGCUCCUCAGUACCAUCAGGAUCAUAUAGCUCAACGGAAUCAAGCUCUUCAAGCGAAAUCGCAUCCAGCUCAUCAAUUGAUUAUUCCUCAAGCUCUUCAGCACCAUCAGGCUCGUUCAGUUCUAGCUCGACUGAUCCAUCAGCAUCUUCUAGCUCAAGCUCUUCAGCACCAUCAGACUCGUUCACUUCUAGCUCGACUGCUCCAUCAGGAUCUUCUAGCUCAAGUUCAACUGUUCCAUCAGGAUCAUACAGUUCAAGCUCUUUAGUUCCAUCGGAAUCUUCUAGCUCAAGUUCAACUGUUCCAUCAGGAUCUUCUAGCUCAAGUUCAACUGUUCCAUCAGGAUCUUACAGUUCAAGCUCUUUAGUUCCAUCAGGAUCUUCUAGCUCAAGUUCAACUGUUUCAUCAGGAUCUUAUAGUUCAAGCUCCUCAGUACCAUCAGGAUCAUAUAGCUCAACGGAAUCAAGCUCUUCAAGCGAAAUCGCAUCCAGCUCAUCAAUUGAUUAUUCCUCAAGCUCUUCAGCACCAUCAGGCUCGUUCAGUUCUAGCUCGACUGAUCCAUCAGCAUCUUCUAGCUCAAGCUCUUCAGCACCAUCAGACUCGUUCACUUCUAGCUCGACUGCUCCAUCAGGAUCUUCUAGCUCAAGUUCAACUGUUCCAUCAGGAUCAUACAGUUCAAGCUCUUUAGUUCCAUCGGAAUCUUCUAGCUCAAGUUUAACUGUUCCAUCAGGAUCUUCUAGCUCAAGUUCAACUGUUCCAUCAGGAUCUUACAGUUCAAGCUCUUUAGUUCCAUCAGGAUCUUCUAGCUCAAGUUCAACUGUUUCAUCAGGAUCUUCUAGCUCAAGUUCAACUGUUCCAUCAGGAUCUUCUAGCUCAAGUUUACCUGUUCCAUCAGGAUCUUCUAGCUCAAGUUCAACUGUUUCAUCAGGAUCUUACAGUUCAAGCUCUUUAGUUCCAUCAGGAUCUUCAAGCUCAAGUUCAACUGCUUCAUCAGGAUCUUAUACUUCAAGCUCCUCAGUACCUUCAGGAUCUUAUACCUCAACGGAAUCAAGCUCGUCAAGCGAAAUCGCAUCCAGCUCAUCAAUUGAUUAUUCCUCAAGCUCUUCAGCACCAUCAGACUCGUUUAGUUCUAGCUCGACUGCUCCAUCAGGAUCUUCUAGCUCAAGUUCAACUGUUCCAUCAGGAUCAUACAGUUCAAGCUCUUUAGUUCCAUCGGAAUCUUUGAGCUCAAGUUUAACUGUUCCAUCAGGAUCUUCUAGCUCAAGUUCAACUGUUCCAUCAGGAUCUUACAGUUCAACCUCUUUAGUUCCAUCAGGAUCUUCUAGCUCAAGUUCAACUGUUUCAUCAGGAUCUUCUAGCUCAAGUUCAACUGUUCCAUCAGGAUCUUCUAGCUCAAGCUCAACUGUUCCAUCAGGAACUUCUAGCUCAAGUUCAACUGUUCCAUCAGGAUCAUACAGUUCAAGCUCUUCAGUUCCAUCGGAAUCUUCUAGCUCAAGUUUAACUGUUCCAUCAGGAUCUUCUAGCUCAAGUUCAACUGUUCCAUCAGGAUCUUACAGUUCAAGCUCUUUAGUUCCAUCAGACUCUUCUAGCUCAAGUUCAACUGUUCCAUCAGGAUCUUACAGUUCAAGCUCUUUAGUUCCAUCAGGAUCUUCUAGCUCAAGUUCAACUGUUUCAUCAGGAUCUUAUAGUUCAAGCUCCUCAGUACCAUCAGGAUCUUAUAGCUCAACGGAAUCAAGCUCGUCAAGCGAAAUCGCAUCCAGCUCAUCAAUUGAAUAUUCCUUAAGCUCUUCAGAACCAUCGGGCUCUUUCAGUUCUAGCUCGACUGCUCCAUCAGGAUCUUCUAGCUCAAGUUCAACUGUUCCAUCAGGAUCUUCUAGCUCAAGUUCAACUGUUCCAUCAGGAUUUUCUAGCUCAAGUUUAACUGUUCCAUCAAGAUCUUCUAGCUCAAGUUCAACUGUUCCAUCAGGAACUUACAGUUUAAGCUCUUUAGUUCCAUCAGGAUCUUCUAGCUCAAGUUCAACUGUUUCAUCAGGAUCUUAUAGUUCAAGCUCCUCAGUACCUUCAGGAUCUUAUACCUCAACGGAAUCAAGCUCGUCAAGCGAAAUCGCAUCCAGCUCAUCAAUUGAUUAUUCCUCAAGCUCUUUAGCACCAUCAAGCUCGUUCAGUUCUAGCUCGACUGCUUCAUCAGGAUCUUCUAGCUCAAGUUCAACUGUUCCAUCAGGAUCUUCUAGCUCAAGUUCAACUGUUCCAUCAGGAUCUUCUAGCUCAAGUUCAACUGUUCCAUCAGGAUCUUACAGUUCAAGCUCUUUAGUUCCAUCAGGAUCUUCUAGCUCAAGUUCAACUGUUUCAUCAGGAUCUUAUAGUUCAAGCUCCUUAGUACCUUCAGGAUCAUAUAGCUCAACGGAAUCAAGCUCUUCAAGCGAAAUCGCAUCCAGCUCAUCAAUUGAUUAUUCCUCAAGCUCUUCAGCACCAUCAGGCUCGUUCAGUUCUAGCUCGACUGAUCCAUCAGGAUCUUCUAGCUCAAGUUCAACUGUUCCAUCAGGAUCUUCUAGCUCAAGUUCAACUGUUCCAUCAGGAUCAUACAGUUCAAGCUCUUUAGUUCCAUCGGAAUCUUCUAGCUCAAGUUUAACUGUUCCAUCAGGAUCUUCUAGCUCAAGUUCAACUGUUCCAUCAGGAUCUUACAGUUCAAGCUCUUUAGUUCCAUCAGGAUCUUCUAGCUCAAGUUUACCUGUUCCAUCAGGAUCUUCUAGCUCAAGUUCAACUGUUUCAUCAGGAUCUUACAGUUCAAGCUCUUUAGUUCCAUCAGGAUCUUCAAGCUCAAGUUCAACUGCUUCAUCAGGAUCUUAUAGUUCAAGCUCCUCAGUACCUUCAGGAUCUUAUACCUCAACGGAAUCAAGUUCGUCAAGCGAAAUCGCAUCCAGCUCAUCAAUUGAUUAUUCCUCAAGCUCUUCAGCACCAUCAGACUCGUUUAGUUCUAGCUCGACUGCUCCAUCAGGAUCUUCUAGCUCAAGUUCAACUGUUCCAUCAGGAUCAUACAGUUCAAGCUCUUUAGUUCCAUCAGGAUCUUCUAGCUCAAGUUCAACUGUUUCAUCAGGAUCUUAUAGUUCAAGCUCCUCAGUACCAUCAGGAUCUUAUAGCUCAACGGAAUCAAGCUCGUCAAGCGAAAUCGCAUCCAGCUCAUCAAUUGAAUAUUCCUUAAGCUCUUCAGAACCAUCGGGCUCUUUCAGUUCUAGCUCGACUGCUCCAUCAGGAUCUUCUAGCUCAAGUUCAACUGUUCCAUCAGGAUCUUCUAGCUCAAGUUCAACUGUUCCAUCAGGAUCUUACAGUUCAAGCUCUUUAGUUCCAUCAGGAUCUUCUAGCUCAAGUUCAACUGCUUCAUCAGGAUCUUAUAGUUCAAGCUCCUCAGUACCUUCAGGAUCUUAUACCUCAACGGAAUCAAGCUCGUCAAGCGAAAUCGCAUCCAGCUCAUCUACUGAUUAUUCCUCAAGCUCUUCAGCACCAUCAAGCUCGUUCAGUUCUAGCUCGACUACUCCAUCAGGAUCUUCUAGCUCAAGUUCAACUGCUUCAUCAGGAUCUUAUAGUUCAAGCUCCUCAGUACCUUCAGGAUCAUAUAGCUCAACGGAAUCAAGCUCGUCAAGCGAAAUCGCAUCCAGCUCAUCUAUUGAUUAUUCCUCAAGCUCUUUAGCACCAUCAAGCUCGUUCAGUUCUAGCUCGACUACUCCAUCAGGAUCUUCUAGCUCAAGUUCAACUGUUCCAUCAGGAUCUUCUAGCUCAAGUUCAACUGUUCCAUCAGGAUCUUCUAGCUCAAGUUCAACUGUUCCAUCAGGAUCUUACAGUUCAAGCUCUUUAGUUCCAUCAGGAUCUUCUAGCUCAAGUUCAACUGUUUCAUCAGGAUCUUAUAGUUCAAGCUCCUCAGUACCUUCAGGAUCAUAUAGCUCAACGGAAUCAAGCUCUUCAAGCGAAAUCGCAUCCAGCUCAUCAAUUGAUUAUUCCUCAAGCUCUUCAGCACCAUCAGGCUCGUUCAGUUCUAGCUCGACUGAUCCAUCAGCAUCUUCUAGCUCAAGCUCUUCAGCACCAUCAGACUCGUUCACUUCUAGCUCGACUGCUCCAUCAGGAUCUUCUAGCUCAAGUUCAACUGUUCCAUCAGGAUCAUACAGUUCAAGCUCUUUAGUUCCAUCGGAAUCUUCUAGCUCAAGUUUAACUGUUCCAUCAGGAUCUUCUAGCUCAAGUUCAACUGUUCCAUCAGGAUCUUCUAGCUCAAGUUCAACUGUUCCAUCAGGAUCUUACAGUUCAAGCUCUUUAGUUCCAUCAGGAUCUUCUAGCUCAAGUUCAACUGUUUCAUCAGGAUCUUAUAGUUCAAGCUCCUCAGUACCUUCAGGAUCAUAUAGCUCAACGGAAUCAAGCUCUUCAAGCGAAAUCGCAUCCAGCUCAUCAAUUGAUUAUUCCUCAAGCUCUUCAGCACCAUCAAGCUCGUUCAGUUCUAGCUCGACUACUCCAUCAGGAUCUUCUAGCUCAAGUUCAACUGCUUCAUCAGGAUCUUAUAGUUCAAGCUCUUUAGUUCCAUCGGAAUCUUCUAGCUCAAGUUUAACUGUUCCAUCAGGAUCUUCUAGCUCAAGCUCUUCAGCACCAUCAAGCUCGUUCAGUUCUAGCUCGACUACUCCAUCAGGAUCUUCUAGCUCAAGUUCAACUGCUUCAUCAGGAUCUUAUAGUUCAAGCUCCUCAGUACCUUCAGGAUCAUAUAGCUCAACGGAAUCAAGCUCGUCAAGCGAAAUCGCAUCCAGCUCAUCUACUGAUUAUUCCUCAAGCUCUUCAGCACCAUCAAGCUCGUUCAGUUCUAGCUCGACUACUCCAUCAGGAUCUUCUAGCUCAAGUUCAACUGCUUCAUCAGGAUCUUAUAGUUCAAGCUCCUUAGUACCUUCAGGAUCAUAUAGCUCAACGGAAUCAAGCUCGUCAAGCGAAAUCGCAUCCAGCUCAUCUACUGAUUAUUCCUCAAGCUCUUCAGCACCAUCAGGCUCCUCGACUGCUCCAUCAGGAUCUUCUAGCUCAAGUUCAACUGUUCCAUCAGGAUCAUACAGUUCAAGCUCUUUAGUUCCAUCGGAAUCUUCUAGCUCAAGUUUAACUGUUCCAUCAGGAUCUUCUAGCUCAAGUUCAACUGUUCCAUCAGGAUCUUACAGUUCAAGCUCUUUAGUUCCAUCAGGAUCUUCUAGCUCAAGUUUACCUGUUCCAUCAGGAUCUUCUAGCUCAAGUUCAACUGUUUCAUCAGGAUCUUACAGUUCAAGCUCUUUAGUUCCAUCAGGAUCUUCUAGCUCAAGUUCAACUGUUCCAUCAGGAUCUUACAGUUCAAGCUCUUUAGUUCCAUCAGGAUCUUCUAGCUCAAGUUCAACUGUUUCAUCAGGAUCUUAUAGUUCAAGCUCCUCAGUACCUUCAGGAUCAUAUAGCUCAACGGAAUCAAGCUCUUCAAGCGAAAUCGCAUCCAGCUCAUCAAUUGAUUAUUCCUCAAGCUCUUCAGCACCAUCAGGCUCGUUCAGUUCUAGCUCGACUGAUCCAUCAGGAUCUUCUAGCUCAAGUUCAACUGCUUCAUCAGGAUCUUAUAGUUCAAGCUCCUUAGUACCUUCAGGAUCAUAUAGCUCAACGGAAUCAAGCUCGUCAAGCGAAAUCGCAUCCAGCUCAUCUAUUGAUUAUUCCUCAAGCUCUUUAGCACCAUCAAGCUCGUUCAGUUCUAGCUCGACUGCUUCAUCAGGAUCUUCUAGCUCAAGUUCAACUGUUCCAUCAAGAUCUUCUAGCUCAAGUUCAACUGUUCCAUCAGGAUCUUCUAGCUCAAGUUCAACUGUUCCAUCAGGAUCUUACAGUUCAAGCUCUUUAGUUCCAUCAGGAUCUUCUAGCUCAAGUUCAACUGUUUCAUCAGGAUCUUAUAGUUCAAGCUCCUCAGUACCUUCAGGAUCAUAUAGCUCAACGGAAUCAAGCUCUUCAAGCGAAAUCGCAUCCAGCUCAUCAAUUGAUUAUUCCUCAAGCUCUUCAGCACCAUCAGGCUCGUUCAGUUCUAGCUCGACUGAUCCAUCAGCAUCUUCUAGCUCAAGCUCUUCAGCACCAUCAGACUCGUUCACUUCUAGCUCGACUGCUCCAUCAGGAUCUUCUAGCUCAAGUUCAACUGUUCCAUCAGGAUCAUACAGUUCAAGCUCUUUAGUUCCAUCGGAAUCUUCUAGCUCAAGUUUAACUGUUCCAUCAGGAUCUUCUAGCUCAAGUUCAACUGCUUCAUCAGGAUCUUACAGUUCAAGCUCUUUAGUUCCAUCAGGAUCUUCUAGCUCAAGUUUACCUGUUCCAUCAGGAUCUUCUAGCUCAAGUUCAACUGUUUCAUCAGGAUCUUACAGUUCAAGCUCUUUAGUUCCAUCAGGAUCUUCUAGCUCAAGUUCAACUGUUCCAUCAGGAUCUUCUAGCUCAAGUUCAACUGUUCCAUCAGGAUCUUACAGUUCAAGCUCUUUAGUUCCAUCAGGAUCUUCUAGCUCAAGUUCAACUGUUUCAUCAGGAUCUUAUAGUUCAAGCUCCUCAGUACCUUCAGAAUCAUAUAGCUCAACGGAAUCAAGCUCGUCAAGCGAAAUCGCAUCCAGCUCAUCUAUUGAUUAUUCCUCAAGCUCUUUAGCACCAUCAAGCUCGUUCAGUUCUAGCUCGACUGCUUCAUCAGGAUCUUCUAGCUCAAGUUCAACUGUUCCAUCAGGAUCUUCUAGCUCAAGUUCAACUGUUCCAUCAGGAUCUUCUAGCUCAAGUUCAACUGUUCCAUCAGGAUCUUACAGUUCAAGCUCUUUAGUUCCAUCAGACUCUUCUAGCUCAAGUUCAACUGUUCCAUCAGGAUCUUACAGUUCAAGCUCUUUAGUUCCAUCAGGAUCUUCUAGCUCAAGUUCAACUGUUUCAUCAGGAUCUUAUAGUUCAAGCUCCUCAGUACCAUCAGGAUCUUAUAGCUCAACGGAAUCAAGCUCGUCAAGCGAAAUCGCAUCCAGCUCAUCAAUUGAAUAUUCCUUAAGCUCUUCAGAACCAUCGGGCUCUUUCAGUUCUAGCUCGACUGCUCCAUCAGGAUCUUCUAGCUCAAGUUCAACUGUUCCAUCAGGAUCUUCUAGCUCAAGUUCAACUGUUCCAUCAGGAACUUACAGUUUAAGCUCUUUAGUUCCAUCAGGAUCUUCUAGCUCAAGUUCAACUGUUUCAUCAGGAUCUUCUAGCUCAAGUUUAACUGUUCCAUCAGGAUCUUCUAGCUCAAGUUCAACUGUUCCAUCAGGAACUUACAGUUUAAGCUCUUUAGUUCCAUCAGGAUCUUCUAGCUCAAGUUUAACUGUUUCAUCAGGAUCUUAUAGUUCAAGCUCCUCAGUACCUUCAGGAUCUUAUACCUCAACGGAAUCAAGCUCGUCAAGCGAAAUCGCAUCCAGCUCAUCAAUUGAUUAUUCCUCAAGCUCUUUAGCACCAUCAAGCUCGUUCAGUUCUAGCUCGACUGCUUCAUCAGGAUCUUCUAGCUCAAGUUCAACUGUUCCAUCAGGAUCUUCUAGCUCAAGUUCAACUGUUCCAUCAGGAUCUUCUAGCUCAAGUUCAACUGUUCCAUCAGGAUCUUACAGUUCAAGCUCUUUAGUUCCAUCAGGAUCUUCUAGCUCAAGUUCAACUGUUUCAUCAGGAUCUUAUAGUUCAAGCUCCUCAGUACCAUCAGGAUCUUAUAGCUCAACGGAAUCAAGCUCGUCAAGCGAAAUCGCAUCCAGCUCAUCAAUUGAAUAUUCCUUAAGCUCUUCAGAACCAUCGGGCUCUUUCAGUUCUAGCUCGACUGCUCCAUCAGGAUCUUCUAGCUCAAGUUCAACUGUUCCAUCAGGAUUUUCUAGCUCAAGUUUAACUGUUCCAUCAGGAUCUUCUAGCUCAAGUUCAACUAUUCCAUCAGGAACUUACAGUUUAAGCUCUUUAGUUCCAUCAGGAUCUUCUAGCUCAAGUUCAACUGUUUCAUCAGGAUCUUAUAGUUCAAGCUCCUCAGUACCUUCAGGAUCAUAUAGCUCAACGGAAUCAAGCUCGUCAAGCGAAAUCGCAUCCAGCUCAUCUAUUGAUUAUUCCUCAAGCUCUUUAGCACCAUCAAGCUCGUUCAGUUCUAGCUCGACUGCUUCAUCAGGAUCUUCUAGCUCAAGUUCAACUGUUCCAUCAGGAUCUUCUAGCUCAAGUUCAACUGUUCCAUCAGGAUCUUCUAGCUCAAGUUCAACUGUUCCAUCAGGAUCUUACAGUUCAAGCUCUUUAGUUCCAUCAGGAUCUUCUAGCUCAAGUUCAACUGUUUCAUCAGGAUCUUAUAGUUCAAGCUCCUCAGUACCUUCAGGAUCAUAUAGCUCAACGGAAUCAAGCUCUUCAAGCGAAAUCGCAUCCAGCUCAUCAAUUGAUUAUUCCUCAAGCUCUUCAGCACCAUCAGGCUCGUUCAGUUCUAGCUCGACUGAUCCAUCAGCAUCUUCUAGCUCAAGCUCUUCAGCACCAUCAGACUCGUUCACUUCUAGCUCGACUGCUCCAUCAGGAUCUUCUAGCUCAAGUUCAACUGUUCCAUCAGGAUCAUACAGUUCAAGCUCUUUAGUUCCAUCGGAAUCUUCUAGCUCAAGUUUAACUGUUCCAUCAGGAUCUUCUAGCUCAAGUUCAACUGUUCCAUCAGGAUCUUACAGUUCAAGCUCUUUAGUUCCAUCAGGAUCUUCUAGCUCAAGUUCAACUGUUUCAUCAGGAUCUUAUAGUUCAAGCUCCUCAGUACCUUCAGGAUCAUAUAGCUCAACGGAAUCAAGCUCUUCAAGCGAAAUCGCAUCCAGCUCAUCAAUUGAUUAUUCCUCAAGCUCUUCAGCACCAUCAGGCUCGUUCAGUUCUAGCUCGACUGAUCCAUCAGGAUCUUCUAGCUCAAGUUCAACUGUUCCAUCAGGAUCUUACAGUUCAAGCUCUUUAGUUCCAUCGGAAUCUUCUAGCUCAAGUUUAACUGUUCCAUCAGGAUCUUCUAGCUCAAGUUCAACUGUUCCAUCAGGAUCUUACAGUUCAAGCUCUUUAGUUCCAUCAGGAUCUUCUAGCUCAAGUUCAACUGCUUCAUCAGGAUCUUAUAGUUCAAGCUCCUCAGUACCUUCAGGAUCAUAUAGCUCAACGGAAUCAAGCUCGUCAAGCGAAAUCGCAUCCAGCUCAUCUACUGAUUAUUCCUCAAGCUCUUCAGCACCAUCAAGCUCGUUCAGUUCUAGCUCGACUACUCCAUCAGGAUCUUCUAGCUCAAGUUCAACUGCUUCAUCAGGAUCUUAUAGUUCAAGCUCCUCAGUACCUUCAGGAUCAUAUAGCUCAACGGAAUCAAGCUCGUCAAGCGAAAUCGCAUCCAGCUCAUCUACUGAUUAUUCCUCAAGCUCUUCAGCACCAUCAAGCUCGUUCAGUUCUAGCUCGACUGCUUCAUCAGGAUCCUCUAGCUCAAGUUCAACUGUUCCAUCAGGAUCUUCUAGCUCAAGUGCAACUGUUCCAUCAGGAUCUUCUAGCUCAAGUUUAACUGUUCCAUCAGGAUCUUACAGUUCAAGCUCUUUAGUUCCAUCAGGAUCUUCUAGCUCAAGUUCAACUGUUUCAUCAGGAUCUUAUAGUUCAAGCUCCUCAGUACCUUCAGGAUCAUAUAGCUCAACGGAAUCAAGCUCUUCAAGCGAAAUCGCAUCCAGCUCAUCAAUUGAUUAUUCCUCAAGCUCUUCAGCACAAUCAGGCUCGUUCAGUUCUAGCUCGACUGAUCCAUCAGGAUCUUCUAGCUCAAGUUCAACUGUUCCAUCAGGAUCUUACAGUUCAAGCUCUUUAGUUCCAUCGGAAUCUUCUAGCUCAAGUUUAACUGUUCCAUCAGGAUCUUCUAGCUCAAGUUCAACUGUUCCAUCAGGAUCUUACAGUUCAAGCUCUUUAGUUCCAUCAGGAUCUUCUAGCUCAAGUUCAACUGCUUCAUCAGGAUCUUAUAGUUCAAGCUCCUCAGUACCUUCAGGAUCAUAUAGCUCAACGGAAUCAAGCUCUUCAAGCGAAAUCGCAUCCAGCUCAUCUACUGAUUAUUCCUCAAGCUCUUCAGCACCAUCAAGCUCGUUCAGUUCUAGUUCGACUACUCCAUCAGGAUCUUCUAGCUCAAGUUCAACUGCUUCAUCAGGAUCUUAUAGUUCAAGCUCCUCAGUACCUUCAGGAUCAUAUAGCUCAACGGAAUCAAGCUCGUCAAGCGAAAUCGCAUCCAGCUCAUCUACUGAUUAUUCCUCAAGCUCUUCAGCACCAUCAAGCUCGUUCAGUUCUAGCUCGACUACUCCAUCAGGAUCUUCUAGCUCAAGUUCAACUGCUUCAUCAGGAUCUUAUAGUUCAAGCUCCUUAGUACCUUCAGGAUCAUAUAGCUCAACGGAAUCAAGCUCGUCAAGCGAAAUCGCAUCCAGCUCAUCUAUUGAUUAUUCCUCAAGCUCUUUAGCACCAUCAAGCUCGUUCAGUUCUAGCUCGACUGCUUCAUCAGGAUCUUCUAGCUCAAGUUCAACUGUUCCAUCAGGAUCUUCUAGCUCAAGUUCAACUGUUCCAUCAGGAUCUUCUAGUUCAAGUUCAACUGUUCCAUCAGGAUCUUACAGUUCAAGCUCUUUAGUUCCAUCAGGAUCUUCUAGCUCAAGUUCAACUGUUUCAUCAGGAUCUUAUAGUUCAAGCUCCUCAGUACCUUCAGGAUCAUAUAGCUCAACGGAAUCAAGCUCUUCAAGCGAAAUCGCAUCCAGCUCAUCAAUUGAUUAUUCCUCAAGCUCUUCAGCACCAUCAGACUCGUUUAGUUCUAGCUCGACUGCUCCAUCAGGAUCUUCUAGCUCAAGUUCAGCUGUUCCAUCAGGAUCAUACAGUUCAAGCUCUUCAGUUCCAUCGGAAUCUUCUAGCUCAAGUUUACCUGUUCCAUCAGGAUCUUCUAGCUCAAGUUCAACUGUUUCAUCAGGAUCUUACAGUUCAAGCUCUUUAGUUCCAUCAGGAUCUUCAAGCUCAAGUUCAACUGCUUCAUCAGGAUCUUAUAGUUCAAGCUCCUCAGUACCUUCAGGAUCUUAUACCUCAACGGAAUCAAGCUCGUCAAGCGAAAUCGCAUCCAGCUCAUCAAUUGAUUAUUCCUCAAGCUCUUCAGCACCAUCAGACUCGUUUAGUUCUAGCUCGACUGCUCCAUCAGGAUCUUCUAGCUCAAGUUCAACUGUUCCAUCAGGAUCAUACAGUUCAAGCUCUUCAGUUCCAUCGGAAUCUUUGAGCUCAAGUUUAACUGUUCCAUCAGGAUCUUCUAGCUCAAGUUCAACUGUUCCAUCAGGAUCUUCUAGCUCUAGUUCAACUGUUCCAUCAGGAUCUUCUAGCUCAAGUUCAACUGUUCCAUCAGGAUCAUACAGUUCAAGCUCUUCAGUUCCAUCGGAAUCUUUGAGCUCAAGUUUAACUGUUCCAUCAGGAUCUUCUAGCUCAAGUUCAACUGUUCCAUCAGGAUCUUACAGUUCAAGCUCUUUAGUUCCAUCAGACUCUUCUAGCUCAAGUUCAACUGUUUCAUCAGGAUCUUAUAGUUCAAGCUCCUCAGUACCUUCAGGAUCAUAUAGCUCAACGGAAUCAAGCUCUUCAAGCGAAAUCGCAUCCAGCUCAUCAAUUGAUUAUUCCUCAAGCUCUUUAGCACCAUCAAGCUCGUUCAGUUCUAGCUCGACUGCUUCAUCAGGAUCUUCUAGCUCAAGUUCAACUGUAACAUCAGGAUCUUCUAGCUCAAGUUCAACUGUUCCAUCAGAAUCUUCUAGCUCAAGUUCAACUGUUCCAUCAGGAUCUUACAGUUCAAGCUCUUUAGUUCCAUCAGGAUCUUCUAGCUCAAGUUCAACUGUUUCAUCAGGAUCUUAUAGUUCAAGCUCCUCAGUACCUUCAGGAUCAUAUAGCUCAACGGAAUCAAGCUCUUCAAGCGAAAUCGCAUCCAGCUCAUCAAUUGAUUAUUCCUCAAGCUCUUCAGCACCAUCAGGCUCGUUCAGUUCUAGCUCGACUGAUCCAUCAGCAUCUUCUAGCUCAAGCUCUUCAGCACCAUCAGACUCGUUCACUUCUAGCUCGACUGCUCCAUCAGGAUCUUCUAGCUCAAGUUCAACUGUUCCAUCAGGAUCAUACAGUUCAAGCUCUUUAGUUCCAUCGGAAUCUUCUAGCUCAAGUUUAACUGUUCCAUCAGGAUCUUCUAGCUCAAGUUCAACUGUUCCAUCAGGAUCUUACAGUUCAAGCUCUUUAGUUCCAUCAGGAUCUUCUAGCUCAAGUUCAACUGUUUCAUCAGGAUCUUCUAGCUCAAGUUCAACUGUUCCAUCAGGAUCUUCUAGCUCAAGUUUACCUGUUCCAUCAGGAUCUUCUAGCUCAAGUUCAACUGUUUCAUCAGGAUCUUACAGUUCAAGCUCUUUAGUUCCAUCAGGAUCUUCAAGCUCAAGUUCAACUGCUUCAUCAGGAUCUUAUAGUUCAAGCUCCUCAGUACCUUCAGGAUCUUAUACCUCAACGGAAUCAAGCUCGUCAAGCGAAAUCGCAUCCAGCUCAUCAAUUGAUUAUUCCUCAAGCUCUUCAGCACCAUCAGACUCGUUUAGUUCUAGCUCGACUGCUCCAUCAGGAUCUUCUAGCUCAAGUUCAACUGUUCCAUCAGGAUCAUACAGUUCAAGCUCUUCAGUUCCAUCGGAAUCUUUGAGCUCAAGUUUAACUGUUCCAUCAGGAUCUUCUAGCUCAAGUUCAACUGUUCCAUCAGGAUCUUACAGUUCAAGCUCUUUAGUUCCAUCAGGAUCUUCUAGCUCAAGUUCAACUGUUCCAUCAGGAUCUUCUAGCUCAAGCUCAACUGUUCCAUCAGGAACUUCUAGCUCAAGUUCAACUGUUCCAUCAGGAUCAUACAGUUCAAGCUCUUCAGUUCCAUCGGAAUCUUCUAGCUCAAGUUUAACUGUUCCAUCAGGAUCUUCUAGCUCAAGUUCAACUGUUCCAUCAGGAUCUUACAGUUCAAGCUCUUUAGUUCCAUCAGACUCUUCUAGCUCAAGUUCAACUGUUCCAUCAGGAUCUUACAGUUCAAGCUCUUUAGUUCCAUCAGGAUCUUCUAGCUCAAGUUCAACUGUUUCAUCAGGAUCUUCUAGCUCAAGUUCAACUGUUCCAUCAGGAUCUUAUAGUUCAAGCUCCUCAGUACCUUCAGGAUCUUAUAGCUCAACGGAAUCAAGCUCGUCAAGCGAAAUCGCAUCCAGCUCCUCAAUUGAUUAUUCCUCAAGCUCUUCAGCACCAUCAGGCUCGUUCAGUUCUAGCUCGACUGCUCCAUCAGCAUCUUCUAGCUCAAGCUCUUCAGCACCAUCAGGCUCGUUCAGUUCUAGCUCGACUGCUCCAUCAGGAUCUUCUAGCUCAAGUUCAACUGUUCCAUCAGGCUCGUUCAGUUCUAGCUUGACUGCUCCAUCAGAAUCUUCUAGCUCAAGUUCAAAUGUUCCAUCAGGAUCUUCUAGCUCAAGUUCAACUGUUCCAUCAGGAUUUUCUAGCUCAAGUUCAACUGUUCCAUCAGGAUCUUAUAGUUCAAGCUCCUCAGUACCUUCAGGAUCUUAUAGCUCAACGGAAUCAAGCUCGUCAAGUGAAAUCGCAUCCAGCUCUUCAAUUGAUUAUUCCUCAAGCUCUUCAGCACCAUCAGGAUCGUUCAGUUCUAGCUCGACUGCUCCAUCAGCAUCUUCUAGCUCAAGCUCUUCUGCACCAUCAGGCUCGUUCAGCUCUAGCUCGACUGCUCCAUCAGCAUCUUCUAGCUCAAGCUCUUCAGCAACAUUAGGCUCGUUCAGUUCUAGCUUGACUGCUCCAUCAGCAUCUUCUAGCUCAAGUUCAAGUGUUCCAUCAGGAUCUUCUAGCUCAAGUUCAACUGUUUCAUCAGAAUCUUAUAGUUCAAGCUCCUCAGUACCUUCAGGAUCUUAUAGCUCAACGGAAUCAAGCUCGUCAAGUGAAAUCGCAUCCAGCUCAUCAAUUGAUUAUUCCUCAAGCUCUUCAGCACCAUCAGGCUCUUUAAGCUCUAGCUCGACUGCUCCAUCAGGAUCUUCUAGCUCAAGUUCAACUGUUCCAUUAGGAUCUUCUAGCUCAAGUUCAACUGUUUCAUCAGGAUCUUACAGUUCAAGCUCUUUAGUUCCAUCAGGAUCUUCUAGCUCAAGUUCAACUGUUUCAUCAGAAUCUUAUAGUUCAAGCUCCUCAGUACCUUCAGGAUCUUAUAGCUCAACGGAAUCAAGCUCGUCAAGUGAAAUCGCAUCCAGCUCAUCAAUUGAUUAUUCCUCAAGCUCUUCAGCACCAUCAGGCUCUUUAAGCUCUAGCUCGACUGCUCCAUCAGGAUCUUCUAGCUCAAGUUCAACUGUUCCAUUAGGAUCUUCUAGCUCAAGUUCAACUGUUUCAUCAGGAUCUUUUAGCUCAAGUUCAACUGUUCCAUCAGGAUCUUCUAGCUCAAGCUCUUCAGCACCAUCAGGCUCCUUCAGUUCUAGCUCGACUGAUCCAUCAGCAUCUUCUAGCUCAAGCUCUUCAUCACCAUCAGGCUCGUUCAGUUCUAGCUCGACUGCUUCAUCAGGAUCUUCUAGCUCAAGUUCAACUGUUCCAUCAGGAUCUUUUAGCUUAAGCUCUUCAGUUUCAUCAGGAUCUUCUAGCUCAAGCUCAACUGUUCCAUCAGAAUAUUCUAGCUUAAGUUCGACCAUUUCAUCAGGAUCAUAUAGCUCUUUCUCAUCUGCUCAAACAAGUUCGUCCAGUUUGACUGAAGCUAGUUCUACAAGUGAGAUGGCAUCUAUCUCAUCCAGCACUCAUAGUCUAAGCUCAUCACCUACAUCAGAGUCUUACAGCUCAAGCUCGUCAUCACCAUCAGAAUUCUACAGCUCAACCUCCUUUGUUCCAUCAGAUUCCAUUACUUCUUUGGAAUCAAGUACUUCAAGUGAAAUUCCAUCUGGAUCUUCUAUUCCGUCAUCUGAUUCGUCUUCUAGUUUAUCAUCAAAAACUCCUAGUUCUUUUGUUUCAUCAAGUGAACAUUCAUCUGACUCUUUGACAUCUGGAAUUUUAUCAAGCUCUUCAUCUGGAAAAUACAUAUUUAAUCCUAAUUCCUUAGAUUCUGAUUAUUACCUUGUAUACAGUGAUGCAAGUGGAAGUGCUGAGUGUGAAUAUUUCUAUGAGUAUGAUUAUAGUAGCCUCGAGAAUGUUAUAUCGAUGGAGGAAGGUGAUGCUGAAUGUUACUCAGACGAAAGUUCUGAUCAUUCAAUUAGUUCAAGUACUGGCGAAGGAAAUAUUGGAAUGCAUGCCUUGAACUCAAAUCUUUUUGACGACUAG